GCAGCUUCUUAUUGGUCGUCUUUUUUUGCGCGUCCAAUUAUGGGGAGGACUGAGCUUUGUGUGUGUGUGUGUGUGUGUGUGUGUGUGUGUGUGUUGGGGGGAGGGGAUGAACCCUUGGGAAGUCGCUUCCUUCUCUCCCCCGCCCCCUCCCUCCCCCAGCCUGUCAGGUGUGGUAACGGUUGUUCUCCUUCCCCCGGCUGCUGUGAGAGGCGCUCUCAGCUUCCCUUGGGAAUGGCGGGGAUUCCACGACGUCUCUCUUGUCCCAAGCCUAAAGUAGCUUUCAGAGGUAGCAGCCGCUAUUUGAAUAGUACAGAAUCCAGUGGAAGACUGACGGAUGUGUUCAAUAACGUUAUCAUGACAGGUUGCAGUUCCUUCUAUGAUUGCUACAAAUUGCAGAAUGAAGAGAAUGUAGACUUACGGCAAACUUACAGUACUUCACUUUCUACAACCUCUGAAUGUUUAAACCACAAUGAUUCUUCUCUUUUACGUCCCUGGUCCACUUAUGCAGAUGAUAAACAACCUCCAAAUUCUCAAAUUAAUGUAAAGAGCAGGAUUCAACAGAAAGAAAGACUAUGCAGUGAAACAGAUAUAUGACUUGUGUCUAACAUCUUGAAGAACAAGAUAAAUCAGCCCUAUUUUACUGAAGGUUAGUACUCAUGUGCCUCCAGUUUAAAAUCUGUAUGGCCUGUGAGCACUACUCGAUUUACAGACCACCCUGAUUUGUUGUCUGAAACAAAAGCAAUAGAUGGAGUCAUUCCUCAGCAAGCUUUUUAUGGUGGAGAAUUUACCAUUUCUGAAAAACAGUAUCUGCACACUGGUAAUGUAACUUUGCAGCAGAAGGUGGAUGACCUUUACCAUGAGCUUACUAAUAUUCUUGAUGAGCAAUGGCUGUUUCCUUCCAGGAAUGAUAAUCUCAGCUGUUACAAUGUUCAGUCCAAUGAGAAUGCAAAGGCAUCACAAUUUCAAGACUAUUCAUAUGCGAAAACAUGUUUUACCCCACAAACCAAUCUUUUAGAAGAUAAAGAAUCAGGAGCAGAUCCCUACACUUACGGAAGAGAAAAAACGGGUCCUAAGGACAUGAUCACAACAUCAAAAGAAGCUGAAAUGUUUCUUUCACAAUUUAAUAGGUAUGGUGAAAGUGCUGAUUACUAUAGAUACCUGGAUUAUUCUCAUCUUAAUAAAGUAAAGCAAAAUAAACAUAAUUAUGGUGUUCAAGAGAGUAAAAAAUUACCAAGUGGAACACCUGAGUUACCAAUGUUAGAUACAGAUAAUUAUAGUAAAAUUUUUCAAAACACAAGUAGUCCCAAAGAAAUGGAAGAUGUAUCUUCAGAACAGCAGAGUUUUACAUCAAAGACUGCAGGACUCAUAUCAGAGAAACAGUUUGUGAAUGAAAAUUCAUUUACCCCUGAUUUUGGCUUAAAGUCGGAUUUUACCCUGAAGUCUCAUAUAGCUGUUCCAGGAAGUGGUGAUUUUGCAAAUGUUACAGAAAAUUCAGAUUAUUUCAAAUCACUGAAUAUUUUAGCAACAAACCCAGUGACUACUUCACCAAACACAAAUCUGAGGCCAACAUGGAUAAAACAAGCUAAAAACAGUUCCUCUGUCCCUAUUCGGAAUCAAAGUACCUUGAUAAAAUUGAGUAAUUUAUCUACAGGUUCAAAAGGUUCCAAUCAUUUUGAUUUUUCUCAGCUAUCAUCAGCCAAUGUAACUUUAAAUAAUAAUUUAUUGCUUCAGAAAUAUCGCCAAGAAGCACCUACAGUAUUUUCUAGUUUUGAUUUCAAAGACGGUGGUGCUGCAGACAGAGUUUCUUCUUCCAGUCAUACAGAAGGAUUAAGUAAAGUAGAAGAAAGCCUUUUUGAGUCCAUUAUUGACAAAAAAUUAAACCACAAAUGGUUUUGUGAUAACUAUUCACAGCAAUAUGGGAUCAUUGAAAAUGUGAACAAGCACAAUUUUCAAGUUAAACCACAGACUGGACAUUAUGAAGUUGAGGAAGGCCAAAAACAUUUAGAUGGAUUGUCUCAAAAUUCUUACCAAGAUAUACUGGAGUCUCAAGGCCACUUAAAUAGUCAUAGACAAGGAGGUGGAGAUAGUAAUAUUGUCAGUAACCGUGUAAAUCGCAACCAGGUUUCUUGUUUCUCAAAUAAUUUUAUGAUGGGUGAUUUGAGACAUAGCCCAAAUGCCCAACAGCUAAGUUCAAAUAGAUUUCCUUUGAAAUCCAACCAUGCUUUUGGACCGUCAGUUAUUCCUUUGAUGGAUUCCUAUGAUUUGUUUUCCUAUGAUUUAAGCCAUUUGUACCCAUAUUUUAAUGAUAUGAUGUAUGGAGACAGUUCUUUCACCGGCUUCAUGCCAACAUUUGGAUUUCAAAGACCAGUGAAAACUCGAAGUGGAUCAGCCAGUGAGCUUCAUAUUAGAUUGGAAGAAUGUUAUGAACAGUGGAGAGCUCUAGAAAAAGAAAGGAAAAAGACUGAAUCUGCCCUUGCCAAGAAUUACCCUGGGAAGAAGGUAUCUAGCACUAAUAACACUCCUAUCCCAAGACUGACAUCAAAUCCAUCCAGAGUUGACCGUUUAAUUGUGGAUCAGUUACGAGAGCCAGAGUGAGUUGUGACUCUGCUGGGAAAGAUGGAACGUCUUCGAAGUUCUCCCCUUCAUGCUAAUAUCUGUACUGCUCUUGAUAAGCACUUGGAAGCAAUACAUGUUGUACAAUCCCGCAGAAAGGAUGAAAUUGUCAAUGCUUCACAUCGGCAAAGACAAGGAGGCCCCCGGUGUCAAGAUGACAGAGAUGUUUUUGCUCUUGCAUUGGCUAUUAAAGAGAUGUGCAUAGCAACGCGUAAAGCUCGUACUACACUGUGGUGUGCUCUUCAGAUGACAUUGCCUAAAACAACCUAUACAUCUGUACCAGCUGAAAUGGAAAAGGUUUUACAAGAGCUAGUAACAUCUCAAGAUAAAUUGUAUGAUCAGAUGAAUAGUGGCAAUCCUAUGAUUCAAAGGGGAGAUACAAAAAAGCACUGAAAUGCAAAGGCAAAACACAAAUACAUAUAUUUGUGUGUAUAUAUAUACACACACACAUAUAUAGCAGUACAUUAAAAAUGGUAAAUUAUGUUUAAACAUUCUGUCCAAAUUAAAAGUAAAUACAUGAAAGUGAAGUUGGCUUAUGUGAAUCCAGCAGCUAAUUAUAAGUAUCAGUUAACAUAAGCCAAGAUGUCUAUGUUAACUGUUGUUGGAAUCAGUAUAUUAAUGAGGCUGAACUACUGUAUUAGGUUAAAUAAAUCAGUACAUUUUAAACUUCUAAAUCCAUUCUAUAGUGUAAGUAUACACAAUGAGAGUUUGGUUGUAUAAUAAAAAUUCUUUUAGAUUACAUAAUUACUUUCAAAUAAUGAACUGAAUUACUGUCACAUCGUGUGCACAGUCUAGUAAGACAAGCUUUGAUUGUGAAAAGAAAAAAGAUUUUAUUUAGACAAUGAAUACCUGGAAACUGAAAGAAAACAAAGCUAAACACACCCAGUAUGAAAAAUUUUUAAAAAUGAAAAUAUUUAAAGGAAGACAUAUUUAUAAUUUUGAAAUCUUAUUCUAAGUUUAAGUACAAAAUUAACCUGAUUUUCUCAAAUUAGUGAUGCUAUCAUAAAGUUAUUAUCCAACCAUGCACGUUAGGGAACAUAAAAAGAAACUGAAAUCAUUUGUACCUAUUAUUUUAAAUAAUAUCAAUAAAAAUUGCCUGUUUCAAAGUAUUUAAAUGUAAACAAAAAUUACAUUUAUGUAAUCUGCGUCCUUACAGUUGUGCUGCAACUAAAAUAAUGAGUAUUUUUAAUACCCUUGGUUUACUUUAAGAAGGGUAUCAAGAAGUUCUGAAAUGCACUUUCUUUACAGUUAACCAGUUUGGUUUGAAAUUGUUUAAUUUUGUUUCCUUGGUUUGCUUCUGUGUACUUUAGCACUGUUGAACGAUUCCUUUUGUCUUAAUAUCUUUUAAUAUCUUUUUAUUGAAUGUGAGUAACUUAUUAAAUUAGCAUGUUAUUAUGUGGCUCAGGAGAUCUUGGGUUUUAACAAUAUAGCAUGAACAUAAACUGUAUAAUGUCUGGAUAAAAUUUAUUAAUCUGCCCUUUGCUAGGUACAUAAAUACUUUAAGUAUUUGUGUUCUUCCAGCGUUUAGAAAUCCUGGUGUGCUAAAAAGUAUAAUCAAACCACAUAAAUUGCCUUUAGAUGAUGAGAGGAAUUGAUUG